GAAUCUUAAAACUGUUUCUGUGCCCUGUAAGGCCCUUGUACAGGGGACUUUAAAGGAAGACGAUGGGCAAGGAAGCUUUGGCAAGAAUGCUGACAGCUGUGGGCUAUCUAGGAUCCAAGUAAAAAGCUCUACAGCUCUUCAGGAGAAAGGAGUCCCGAUUACUGUGCUGCUUUGAAGAGACCACAGUUCUUAUCCAACAGAACACAUGGCUCUUUUAAAGAAAAUUAACCAGAUCUUACUGUUACUUCUUAUAUUAACCGUGUGUGCAAUCCUGUACAACAAAGUUCACAAAGCACCAUCUGCCUUAAGGAAUGAAGCAGAUGACCUGGAGAGUCCUAAGGAAAUGGAGGAAGAAAUCCCAGUUGUAAUCUGCGCUGCUGCAGGCAGAAUGGGUGCAACUGUAGCAGCAAUCAGUAGCAUCUACAGCAACACAGAGGCUAAUGUUUUGUUCUACAUAGUUGGACUGAAGAACACCAUCCCACAUAUUCGAAAAUGGAUUGAAAAUUCUAAACUAAAAGAAAUAAAAUUUAAGACUGUGGAAUUCAACCCCAUGGUACUGAAAGGAAAAAUCAGACAAGAUGCAUCGCGUCCUGAGCUACUGCAGCCUCUGAACUUCGUUCGAUUUUACCUUCCUUUGCUUAUCCAGAAACACGAGAAAGUCAUAUAUUUGGAUGAUGAUGUCAUUGUUCAAGGUGACAUUCAGGAACUCUAUGAUACAAAGCUGGCUCCUGGCCAUGCUGCGGCUUUUUCAGAUGAUUGUGAUCUCCCUUCCACGCAUGAGAUGGUUAGAAGUGUAGGGAUGCAGAACACAUACAUGGGAUUUCUGGACUAUAGAAAGCAAGCAAUUAGAGACCUUGGCAUCAGCCCCAGCACCUGCUCCUUUAAUCCCGGUGUAAUUGUUGCUAACAUGACUGAAUGGAAAAAUCAGCGGCUCACAAAGCAGUUGGAAAAGUGGAUGCAAAGAAAUGUAGAGGAAAACCUCUACAGCAGCACCCUUGGGGGAGGUGUGGCAACCUCUCCAAUGCUGAUUGUAUUUCAUGGAAAGCAUUCCACUAUUAAUCCUAUGUGGCACAUACGGCAUCUCGGUUGGAGUCCUGAUACCCGGUAUUCAGAGCAUUUUCUUCAAGAAGCUAAAUUACUUCACUGGAAUGGGAGAUACAAACCCUGGGACUAUCCCAGCGUUCACACUGAUCUCUGGGAAAACUGGUUUAUCCCUGACCCUUCAGGGAAGUUCAAAUUAACGCGUCCUGACAGCUGAUAAUGAAAACACUUCAACAUAUUCAGACCUUUUGGUUUGCAGUAUGCAAAUAGUUGCUGAUGCAACACAUCAAAUUGUAUAACUAACUGAUUUUAGAAAAACGUUGCUUAAAUAUUGCCAUGAAAUGACUAUCAGUUUUGAGGGCUUAUGGGUGGUAUGUUAGUUACACAGUUCAAUUGUUUUUUUUUUUUUUUUUAAUUUUCAAAUAA